AUGGCUGUACGGAGCCGUGUGGGUGUGCUGCUUCUGCUGGUUGCUCUACACAGCGCCUAUCUCAUGCUGAGUUCUGCCUUCGUCUCUCCACCCAUGACGCAGACCCGAUCAAGAACUCCGGCGGUAGCGAUGCAGUUCAUGCAGAAGGACGAGCCGAAGCCCACGGAAGCACCGGAGCAGACGGGCUCUCCCAUCAGCGAUUUCGCGAUCUUCGGGGUGGGAGCGCUCCUGAUCCUCUUUCCUUUCAUCAUGGCGGGCCCUCCUCCAGACAACGAGACUGAAGUCUUCAUUCAGGAGGCGUCGCAGAGUGGCUUGCCAUCUCAAUUCUGA